CUCCACCGCUGUACCUGUUCCUGGGCUAAGCAUUCACUCAUCCAGGGCAUAUUGUUCGUCUGCAGGGGUCUCGAAGCCACCCAGCACGACCAGAGGGCACGCAGAGCACCAUGGGAAGUCCCCUUGUGCUCAAGAGCCGCUGAGCAAAAGGCAUGGAUGGCAGGAAGGAACGGGACACUAACUUUAUCACCGAUCUCACGCUGGGACUGGUGGAGACCCUGCAGGGCGUGGCGGGCGUGCAGGAUGUGAGUGUGGCUUCGCGAGGGGGCGUGGAGAGGGCUGUGGUAUUGGCGUGGGAGCAGCGGCACAACGUAGUCAUGCCAGGGGCGCUGAGGAGCCUCUACAUGGCCACCGAUGGCUUCAAACUCACAUGGAAUUACUCAACUGCUGGUAAAGUUCUCCCACUGGGUAACAUGGAGGUACAUCCCUUGGGCCGUGUCAAUAGACUGGGCACGGGGAGAGGGAGUGGCGACCCCUUGGCACCCUCCAUUACUGACUUAGCACUGGCUGAAGACCCUCCCCUCUCUAUGGGACCUAAUCCUUUGCCGCGACCAGGGCCCAAAUUGUCAUCAGCCUCCACAGCUCCUUCUCCCCCAACCUUCCACACUUCCAAGAUGUUCGAGAUUGAUAGCUGUCAGGGAUUUGGUCGCGUGGUGGUGGCAUUUCCUGGUCGUGGGGAGAAUUUUCCCGAGGGUUCAUAUUGGUUCGUGGAUUUGUCGUUAAGGCCGCACCUCCUCGCCGCCGACACUCACACCUACUGGCGCCUCAUGUUGGCUCACCUGGGCAUGCCGCAGUGGCAGGCGCUGGUGGCGGGGCAAGGCCUGACGCCGUGGGCCAGGCAGUGGUAUGAAGUGGUGGCUGCUUACCUGCUGGAGGGAGCUCGUCCGCCCCGGCCAGCGCACCAGGCCCAGGACCACGUCAACAGGCUGGACUGGUCUGUAUUCAAGACCAAGAAGACCCACCACAAGACAAAAAGCUCCAAGGACACUUCUAAGGACUCCAUCAAAGACGCAGCAGCUAAGGACACCGGGAAACCAAAGGAGUAAAAAUGAUCCCCGUAUUAUGGAGGAUGGACCCACGUGGUGCACAUUGUGUGGACAAAGGUCUGUGUUGCGUGAAGUUGUGGACGCUCCUCCGUUAUCCAGUGACAUGCUGCCAAUGAUGGGCGUCCAUACAUGGGUGUAUUUUGAAGUGUCUCUUGUGAAAAGUAGUACAAUACCAAAUUCAUUGCUAUAAGAAUGUGAUUUUGCAAUACAUAAUUAUAUAGCGUGAAGUAUGUGUUUCACUAAAAUGUAAGUUUUCUCCCUCCAAUAAAAAAAAAAAC